AUGCAAGCGGCCCGAGGACGACUGGCAGAUAUGAGAGUGGUUCUCGUCUGUGCCCUGCUAUCCCUCCUCUCUGCGUCACAUGCCUGUCCGAAGGAGUGUAGCUGCAACAGCAACACCAAAGUAGUAGACUGCCGGGGUCAAGGUCUGUAUGACAUCCCCCGGCGACUGCAUCCCGACACCCAAGAACUGUAUCUGCAAGAUAACCGUAUCCGGGGGCUGAGCUCGAUGGCGUUCAGAGAAAUACCCCUUGUCCGCAUCCUCGAUUUGUCCAACAACUCGAUAACUUCCAUUUCACCAACGGCUCUGCUGGGUCUCCGGACUCUCCAGCGCCUCAGCCUCGCCCACAACAGCCUGAGAGAGCUCGACAAGCGGUUGCUUGGAUCUAUACGCUCACUAUCACACCUUGACCUCUCGCACAACAGCCUGUGGGGUUUACCUGGAGCCAUGGGGGACAAUUUGAGGAACCUCAGCCGCUUGGGGCUCGCAUACAACAGGCUAACACGGAUGGACCGCUCCCUGUUAGAGGCCCUGACCCGCAUGGACAGCCUCACACUACGAGGCAACCCCUGGAGGUGUGACUGCCAACUCAUAGGCUUCAAACUCUGGCUGGAGACCUACCUCUUUAAAGGUGGAGUGGUGGACGAGGUCCUUUGCACCCAGCCAGAAGACAUGAAGGGCAAAGAACUGCAGAAAGUCCCGUACCAGCUCUUUCAUGCCUGCAUGACCACGAGCUACCAUUACCUGUUUGCCAACAUACACCACCUGGAGUCGGAGAGGCUCCUGAGAGGCCACACCCAUGGCAACCACGCUCAUCCCUCAAGCCAUACUAUCCACGUCCCCAUGGCAAUGGGGGAGGGCUAUGGCGGCGGGGGAGGCGGAGGAGGCAGCCUGCCAGAGUGUGAACCUAAGCAGAGGCCGCGGCCUGUCAACUUGCGCCACGCAAUUGCCACAGUGAUCAUCACCGGCGUGGUGUGCGGAAUCGUGUUACUGAUGAUGCUGGCUGCAGCGGUUUAUGGCUGUGCCUACGCUGCUAUCAUGGCCAAAUAUCAGCGGGAGCUCAAGAAGAACCAGCAGCUGGCAGCGGUGCGGGGGGCAGAUAAGGCCAAAGCUGAUGCGAAGGAACCGCUGGAGAAUGCUAUCGCCUAG